GUGAAAAUGCUAUUCUGCAGGUGGUAAAGGCUUCAACAACUUCUAAUUUACAUUAUUUAGGAACGAAAGACUUCAAUGGUUCAAAUUUACACUGUUCAAUAAUAAUGUAGCAAAGUCCUUGUAAGUGGUUUCCAGUGACAGCUAAUAAGUAUGUAUGUUUCACUUCUAAGCCAGGUGGCAUCACCAUGGGGGGUUACAGCCCACUCUAGCAUUAUGGCUGCCCACCCUUGUGCCCCCAGCUAAGAUUGGCCCUCAUUUGCCCACAGCUCCGCAUCACCCUGCUUAUGGACAAAUUGACCACUCCCUGUUAUGGCCACACCCACAAAACACCAGUGGGCCACUAGCAAGUGCCCCCAGAUAGGAAAAUCCUAGAAAUGCCACUACAUUCCUGACCCCAUUAAAAAUAGAUCAAUGAAUAAAUACAUCAAACUUAUGUUUGUGCUGCUGCCAGCUUGUAGCAGUAGCAUUAGCUACCACUUUAUUUACAUGCUAUCCAGCUGUUCCCUGGAGAUGUUUCCCAUAAGGAAUAAAGGACACAUUUUCGUUAACAAAUUCUGAACAACACCUUUUACUGAAUAUCGGGGGGGGGGGGAAUUAAUUUAUUUUUUGUGGCAAAUGAUUCAUGUGAAAUGAACACACACAAUGCAGAUUUCCUUGCUUGAGGAAGCUUUAAAUGCACAAAUGCCUAAAGCUUGAAUGUCUGAGUUAUCUGAGAAGCUUUGAGUGUUUCAAAUCUGUUUUUGUUUUCAUCUAGACAAUUUAAUUUCUGCAACUGCUAGUGUAGGGAUUUGCUGCCACCAAGUGGUCAACAAAGCAUAUAACUAGUUAAAGGAACAUGAAAGUAAGUCAAAAUUAAACUUUUAUGAUUCACAUAGCAGGUGCAAUUAUAGAAAACUGUCAUCAAAUUUACUUUCUUCUCUUGCUAUUCUUUGUUACAAACCAAGGUAAGCCCAUGAGUGUACACAUGCCCUAAGCACUAUAUGGCAGCAGUGUUUGUAACCAUGGUUACAACUAUUGCUGCUAACACUGUUGCCAUAUAAUAGUCUGUAUCGUCUCAUGGCAAUGUGCUUCUUUUUAAUAAAACAUACCAAGAGAAAUUAAGAUUUGCUAGCAAAAGUUAAUUGCCUGUUUGUUUGUGUUUUAAAUUGCACACUGUAUCUAAGUUAUUAAACUUAAAUGUUGACUGAUUUGCACACAUGGUAAUAAACAAGUACACUUAUACAUCACUUAAGCCCAGGGAGGGGGGAUGUUCUUUCAUGAUUCAGAAAGAGCAUGCAAUUAAAAAAUAAUAAUUCCAAUCUACUUAUAUUAUCAAAUGUGCUUCAUUCUCUUGAUAUCCUUUGUUGAAGGAGCAGCAAUUAACUGCAGUGUGCUAGCUUGAGCCAAUGGCAAUAUGCUUAUGUGUGCAGCCACCAAUUAGCAGCUAUCCAGUAAUGCUGAGCCUACCUAUGUAUGCUUUCCAACAAAGGAUACCAAGAAAAUGAAGCAAAUUAGAUAUAAGUGAAAAGUCGCAUGCUCUGUCUGAAUCAUGACAGUUUAAUUUGAACUUUACUGUUCCUUUUAAGCAUGUGAGGCACAUUUUGAAAUACCCCCGUUGCAUGAAAUAAAAACAAAUCUGAAUUUAUAUAUUUUUUAAAUACUAUUAAACAUCUGCUGAUAUAACGCAUGUCUGUCUCUCCCUCUCUCUUUGAGGAUGUCUCAGGAGCUGUGGAUGUGGGCAAAAUGUCAGGUCCUAUCUUCAUUACGGCUGCCCAUAUAUAUAGGAGCGAUGCUACCUACACUUAAGAAAGUUUCGAUCCCAGGGAAGGAUGCUUUAGCCACAGGAAAGGAAGGAUCAAGUGAUCUGGUCUCAGAUUCUUCUCUUCCCAAGUUUAUCCCUCCAUGUAAACCUGACAACCCUCUGAAGUCCUCACGUACCCACCAGGAGCUGCAUAAGGAGUUGCUUCUAACAUACAGGAAAGGCCUUGUCCUACACAGUAAACCAGAGUUAUUACAGGUACUGGAGAAAAGAAGGACACAGGAGAGGGAGAGUAAGGACCCAGAACACGUCAUCCCUCCCCUUGAAAAGGAACUACAGAAAUGGCAACAGCGGAGAGAGGAGAGAGAGCAGGAAUCAACCAGGAAUGAUGUAUCUGGAGUCCAUGAAUUUCUACGAGUGAGAGAAAAUCUCCGGAAAUCAUCCAAAACGAACCCAAACAGUCCUCCACCUCCCGUGAGCUGAAUAUUUUUAGGAUACAGUCUAUUUCAGAUCUAUCAGGACUUUAACCAGACCAUCUGCUUUUCUUCAUUGUAUCCCAAAGAGAACCUGUGACAGAAGAAAAUUAAGUCCUUGCAAUUAAUAUUAAUAUACAAGAUAAGACUUCUGGUGAACAUGCAUCAGAGAAUUUUGUGAAACAUCUAAAUAUUUCAUCAUGCGUAAAAGAUUCCAAAAAAUCAUCAGGACCAGUUCCUUGCACACCAUCCAAUAGAUCAGGGGUGGGCAAAUGGUGGUUUACUUAAACCCAUAAAACAACUGUAUUGUUCUUCAAUAACAGCCAUGUUUGAUAUUGGUCUAAAAUUGUUUUUAAAAUCUGAUUGUCCCAUAUGAAGGUUUGGAGGUUACAAAUGCUAAACUUGGAGGAAAACCGGUUGCCUUCAACCACCAAAGAACAGCCCAAUACAUUACUAGGAACAGUUCCCUGUAUGUCAAACAGUGUAAUUCCUCUUCAGGACUAUAGCCUAAAUAUCAUACAGGGGUUUUUUCACUAGAAGCUUAUGUAUUCUCUCCAUUCUCUACAAUCAAAUUACUUUCUUUAUUAUUUUUUGUAGUUAAUUCACUAUAUCUCUCUCCAUUCUUUAGUGAAUGAGAUAUAUAAUAACAUAUAAACUUGAAGAGAGGCCUGAGUAAAAUUUGAGUUAAAUUUGGCCAAAUUUAUAGGGAUUGCCAAAAGUUUCUGGCUCCUAAAUUUAUGGUCUGGCUCCUAGAUUUUGAACAAAUUUGUAAAGCCUGGUAGUAAGCUAUAUAUAGAAUAUUCUACACAAGUGUUUAGAAACUCCCACUACAUUAAUUGAGAUAACAGCUUGGUACAGUAUUCCAUGCAUCAAUAUAAAGCCUUGCAGGGCAUUCAUUCAUUUUGGACAGGAGCCAUAUAGAGCACCAUGUGGCUCUUGAGGACCAAAAGCCCAACUGGAUAGCUAAGAUCAACCUUUUGGACUAGUGGGUGCAGAGAUUAAAGGGCCAUGAUACCCAAAUGUUGAAACACUUGAA